AUGAGAGACCAUUUUCAUUUUUAACACGACUUUCCUGUAAAUUUGGGCAGUUCUUUAUUUGAAGGAAACGUAAGUUUUUGAACCACAUGCUGUAGAUUUGAAUGAGGUUGAUCGAGUCCUUACUAGAAGUCAACUCCAGCAGUCUUCCACCAUGUUUGGGACGUCCACAGCCUUCGGCGCCAGCUCGUCCGGUGUGUUCGGCCAGACCAACACGUCAGGAACGCACAACCCGAUGAAAGACAUCGAAGUCACCUCUCCACCGGAUGAUAGCAUCAGCUCCUUACGAUUCAGCCCAGCUUCGAUCCCAAACACAUUCCUCAUCGCUGGGUCAUGGGAUAACAAUGUUCGGUGCUGGGAGAUCCAGAGCAGUGGUCAGACUAUCCCUAAGGCUCAACAGACUCACACUGGUCCUGUCAUGGAUGUAGAUUGGCACGAUGAUGGCACGAAAGUAUUCACAGCUUCUUGUGACAACACAGCCAAGAUGUGGGAUCUCAACAGUAAUCAGGCCAUUCAAAUUGCACAGCAUGACGGACCCAUCAAGUCCAUACGCUGGGUCAAAGCACCAAACUACUCCUGUGUCAUGACAGGCAGCUGGGAUAAAACCAUCAAGUUCUGGGAUACCCGACAACCGAACCCCAUCCUAAGCAUCCAGCUUCCAGAGAGGUGCUAUUGUGCUGAUGUGAUGUACCCGAUGGCCGUAGUGGGCACGGCUGACAAGAACGUCAUCAUCUACCAACUAGAGAACCAGCCUUCAGAAUUCAGACGGAUGGAUUCACCACUCAAAUAUCAGCUGAGAUGCCUUGCCAUCUUCAAAGACACAAAGAAGAACGCACCGACAGGGUUUGCCCUGGGUAGCAUUGAGGGAAGAUGUGCAAUCCAGUUUGUGCAGGCAGCCAACCCUAAAGACAACUUUACCUUCAAAUGCCACAGGACCAAUGGAGCCUCAUACAACAGCCAAGACAUCUAUGCAGUUAACUCAAUAGCAUUCCACCCAGAGUACGGCACACUCGCUACAUGUGGCUCAGACGGGAAGUUCAGUUUCUGGGACAAGGAUGCUAGGACAAAACUGAAGACGUCGGAACAGAUGGAACAGCCAAUCACAUGUGCCGCUUUUGAUGCCAAGGGUCAGAUAUUUGCAUACGCCGUCAGCUAUGAUUGGUCAAGGGGACACGAGUUCUACAACCCACAGAAGAAGAACUACAUCUUCCUGCGAGGAAACGCCACAGAGGAACUACGCCCAAGAAAUAGAAGGAGGUAGAGCGAAUACAUGAUAGCGGUCAUUAAUUAUAAGGGGCAGCAUGCUUAGAAUGAGAAUGUGAUAGACUUGUUAUUAUUUGUCUAUGGAGCAAAAUGCUCAUGGACGUUAAAAAAAAAGAUGCAGUAGAAAAUACAUUGAAUGAAGUCUGGGAAGCAUUUUUUAUUUUUGUUGGUCUUUUAUAUUUGAGUUAGGCUGAGUUCUCAUAAAUUUUGUAAGCUUAUACAAAGACAAUCAAGUACAAUCAAGCUUUUGUUGGGACAUGAUUGUUGCAUAUGCUGAAAACCAAAAGGACUUGAACUCUAUGGCAGAAUUCACAAAGGAGGUCUGUCGACAAACCUACAUUUAUGUCCGUCAUAUGACACUUUUCAGACCAAGGUUUGUUUGAAAUGCGUUGAAGCGCGUCAUGGGAUGCACGUAAACCUAGGUUUGUCGACAAACCUCCUUUGUGAAUUCGGGCCUUAGUGCACAAGAUACUGGUAGCUCACUAUGGUCUUGAGCAGAUGAUUCAUUUCAAAGUCCAAGGAUAAUGAAACACGAGAGAUGUAGACAAAAUGAAAA